UGGGGAACACGAUCCACCACUCUGAGUUCCAGCAGCGGGUUGAGCCAUUGCAGCAGGAGGACGGGGAGUUCAUGAUGACAUUCAACGUUGACGAGAUCUUCCAUGUGGAUCUGCAGAAGACAGAGACCAUCUGGCGCCUGCCUGAGUUCGGGAGGUUCGCCAGCUUCGAGGCGCAGGGAGCGCUGCAGAACAUGGCUGCAAACAAACAUAACUUGGAGAUCUUGAUGAAAAGGUCCAACCGCUCGCAGGCAACCCUAGUGCCACCCGAGGUGACAGUGUUCCCCAAACGCCGAGUGGAGCUGGGGGAUCCCAACAUC